CCGAGCAGAGAGCAGGCAGACGCACAAUACAAGAGGAGAGGAAGCACCUAUAUAUAUAUAUAUAUAUAUAUAAAUAUAAAUAUACAUAUAUAUAUAUAUACAUCCACCGCUGCGAUCUAGAUUUUUCCCUCUCUUUUUGGCUUAUUGAUGCACUUUUCAACCUGUUUUCCUAGUUUGGCAGGACAGGCGAGAAAAAUGCUCCUUUUGUUUUGAGCGACCUGAACGUACGCGCUGAACAGAGACGGAGAGAGACGCGGUGGCUCUGCUGCCCUCAGACGGCUCGUCUGUGCGUCUUUUCUCGCAUCUUUGCAUUAAAUCCCCAACUGCCUCUCUCCACAUAUCGCCUCGCAGUGAUGUGCGGUAACACGGUGGCGGGCUGGUAGCAUCUUGGGAGUCUUGUCUCAACGGGAACCCGCGCUGAAGCAGACACAUCAGGAUGGUUACUCAUUGUUCCUAACCAGCUCCAGCUCGACAAAGGCCCGUACACCCUCACGCUCUCCCCUUGAACACUGACAAGCACUCCCCAGCCAUGUCAAACAUAAACAAUGCACUUUGCAUUGAAAACGGACAGAGUGCAGACGUCCCACUUUUGCAGAAGGAUAAUCUCCAGGAUGGUGGAUUAAGUCAACUCUUGGAUUAUAAUGCAGAAAUGGAAAGGUACAGGUCUUUUGCAAACUUUUACAAAACGAAUGGCGCAUUUCCGCAGACUGCAAAAAUUGCCCGUAUCACGACGCCCAUUUUUCCCAGUGCCAGAAUUGGUAUGUCCCCUUGGAACUGUGAUAACGCCAUGCUCUGGGGAAGGAAAUCAGCGGCAAUAAACCCUAAUAGGACCAGCAUGCAUAGAAAUGACUCCCAGAGGCCGGGGAAGCCUGGCGUGCCGCCAGAGACGCUGCAAAUGGCAAAUAAUAAUUUCCUCUCUACCUUAUCCCCCGAACACUGCAGACCUUUAGCAGGAGAAUGCAUGAACAAGCUGAAAUGCGGCGCUGCUGAAGCAGAGAUAAUGAAUCUCCCAGAACGCGUUGGAACUUUUUCCGCUAUUCCGGCUUUAGGGGGCAUCUCAUUACCUCCCGGGGUCAUCGUCAUGACAGCCCUUCACUCCCCCGCAGCCUCAGCAGCCGUUACAGACAGUGCGUUUCAAAUUGCCAAUCUGGCAGACUGCCCACAGAAUAAUUCCUCAGCAUCCAGUGGAAACCCAGCGAAGAAGAAAAGGAAAAGGUGUGGGGUGUGUGCACCCUGCAGGCGGCUAAUCAACUGUGGUGUUUGCAGCAGUUGUCGGAACCGCAAAACAGGCCACCAGAUCUGCAAAUUUAGGAAAUGCGAGGAGUUGAAGAAGAAGCCGGGCUCAUCGCUGGAGAGGACGCCGGUCAACAAUGGUGAAGCUUUUCGGUGGUUCUUUUAGAAAGGUGAGCUGUGGAUCUCCAUCCAGCAGCAGGAAGACAGGCAGGACUCUUGACUCACUGCCGGGAGAACUUCAUGGACACACAGCAGGCAGCGCGACCCAAACAUUUUCGGAGAGGACAUGAGGAGACAAAGCAGACGGACACAAAGAUAAACGAAACAUAAUGGUGUUGUUUUAACUCUGUAAUUUCCUUUGAUCCUGUGUAAUUAUUGUACCUUUUGACAGUAUCAUUAUGUAUAUUUUUGGUGUCUAUGAAUGUGUUUUCAGUGUCGUGGCUGUAGGUUUUUCAGCCAGCCCUGUGUAAAGAACUCAAACAGACAAUCAUACAAUCACACUGAAUCUGACAAACUGAAGAUGCCACAAGGAUCGAUUAUGGACACCCGUCACUCUGGAGCAAUAACUGAUUCUGUUGAUUAUUUCUCAUAUUCACAUUUUGGUAACAUUUAAUAUGUUCCCCAAACUAAGUCAUAUUUUGGUUCUGUCUUUUAACUCUUUCUACACUCUAAAAACUGCUGGGUUAAAAGAAAUGACUAAAUUUGGGUUAUUUUGCUUACCCAGACCUGUGUGAAAUAUGAACCGAUCUACUUGGGUGGAUUUAGUACAGCAGGGCUGGGUUAUUGGUUUGACCCAGGAUACUGGGUCAGGUUUCUAGCCCUUAGAAUGGGUUAAUGUGACAAAUGUUUAUUGUUAACAAUAACAAAGAGAGGAUAUCAAACAAUACAUAUAAACCUGGAUUUUUAAACAUGUAAUGUUCAGAUAAAAUUAAUUGUUUUUAUUUUAGUUUCAUUCUUGAUUCAAGAUGAUCAGAUAAAAAAAUAAAAAAAACCUGUUAUUAAAUGUCCUUAUGAAAAAAAAUAUUUUGAUAACAUAAUUAAUACUCAAUAAAGUUCAGCCCAAAAUUAUUCACACCACUGGCAGAUUUAGAUGUAAAAUCAUUUUCGUUCAAUUAAGAAGUUUGUGUUAGAUAAGAAAUAAAACAGGUGUAUCUCAAAAUAAUAAAAUAAUCUAAAAGGAGAAUAAAUUUUGGAAAAAACAAAAUCUAUUUUUUUUUUCAUGUUAUCAAAAUUGCAUCUCAUAAAUUAUUUAAACCCUUCACAGUAAUCACUGGAAUAAAACCUACAGCAGCACAGCCAUCAACUCAAUCUUAUUAUUGCUGACCAGCUUUAUGCACAUGUCCUAAGGUAUCUGGUGAUGGGCUUCAAGUCUUUAAGGUUGGAAGGCCUCCUUGCCAUCACCCUAAUCUUUGGCUUCCUCCACAGGUUCUUGAUAAGAUUCAAAUUAUCAUUCUGGCUGGGUCACUCCAAAAUGUCAGUUUUACUUCCAGUCAGAAGAAACAUUUUGGGAAAAAUUUUAAAAACGUUUAAUGAUAAAUGCUUCAUUUUAAGAAUAGUUGAAUCUAACAGGGAUAUAAUACUUUUUGGUCUAACUGUGAAUACAUUUUAUAAAAUUGGGCUUCUACAAUUGAUUUUAUAACCAGGUCUUUGGUCAAAGUGGGCGUUUUGAACAUAGCUAGCACUAGUUUAAGCUAACUACUUAGCAAGGAACAAGCUAACAGAGUGUUAAUUACCAAAACAAAACAAUAUCUGAGCUUUGUUUAUAACACUGAUCUCAGUACAUCACAGGUUGAAACUCCAAAAUCAAAUUAAAUACUAAAGUAAUACAUCUAAAUAUAUAUUAAUGUUAAAACAAAAUUUCUAUAAAAUUAAAGGUAACUUCUUCUUUUAGCCCCUUUUAGCCCCUAACUAUCUAGCUGCCAACAUUUUAGUGCUAUCUGAAGUAAACAAACAUGUUUUGAAUUUCAUCCUCUGGAAGAGGUUUAUUCUGAGGUGGUUUUAUUGUUUGAAAUGGUGGUUUGUGAAGAAUGGCAAGUCCCCUUCAUCUUCUAUAGGCCGGUAUUAGGUUCUCAAGGUAUGACAACCUUGAGUAAACAAUACCACUGCCUCACUGCUUAAAGGUAUUUAUUUCUUACAAUCAGUUACCCCAAUAAUACUGAUGGGUGAUUGUGUUUUAGUUUUCAGCUUAGUUUCUUUUUACAUGACCAGAAAUCUUGCAAAACAGCUAAAUUUGUCUUACUUGUAAGCAAUGGAAAAUUGUAGUAGCCUCCUUACAGCCCACUGACAUGCAGUGCACAGCAGUAGGCAGGGGAGGGAAAGCACUACAUUGCUUUGCAAUCUGUACUGAAAGCUACGGUCACUCUGGCACUUUCUUUAGCCUAUUAAAUUGUAAAAACAAUAUCGUGGGAAGUUUCUAAACAAGUUUAAAAAAUCAUGAUACACCAGUUACAUGCCCAUUUAUAGUAUUUUCGCUAACCCAACAAACUUUGGUCAAAAUUUCCGAUCCGAUGUUUUUGCAAAACCACACAACUUCUGUCUAAACAGCAUCAACCCAACAUUUGAGCUAAGAAAUAACCCAGCAGUUUUACUGUGUGUAAUGUUAAAACUGUUGACACUGGUGUGAUGAUGGCAGCAGGAACGAGGACUGACCGAGCUUGUGUGGACACACUCCAGAGCAGGGCACAUUGUCUUGCAUUAGUGAGCCGCAUUUCUAAUGGGUAGUAUCAGCACCUGAUGCCUCAACGCUGACAGGAGAUCCAAUUGUUAUACAUAUUUGAGCUAUUUAUCAAAAACCACACCGGUCAUUAUAUUUUCUUAUUGUCGUUUUUGCUUGGGGCAUCAAAGGCUGUCAUUAAAGCAGGAAGACAUGCCAGUAAAUUAUUGUAAACUAUGGAAAAUCUGGAAUUAAUUGCUGAACGGUAGACAGAUUUUGCUCUGAAGCGAAAGGAUUUUUCUGGACUUUUCUUUAGCAUUGGAAAACAGCGGUCCCGUCUACUGCUAAGUGGCGUUAAAACAUUCCAACAAACAAAAUUAUUCAAUAAGUUACUCAUUGUCUUAAACCCUAUUGUUGCAUGUGUAAAUGUGUUUUGGUUUUAAAGAUUACUAAGAAUUUGUAUAUUGUUGUUGUGAUGCUUUUAUGUGUUAAAAUAAAAAAAAGAGCUUCAGUAAAAAAUCA